ACAUACAGACACAUGUACAUACUCAGACACACACAUACACACAGAAACAUAUACACACACACAUACACAGAUAUACACGCACACACAGAUACACAUACACACACAGACACAGAUAUACACACACACCCCCCUAUAAAAAGUUGCAGUACUUCGUUGUUCACUCACAGAGCCGGGUACUGCACUCUAGUGGGAGGCAGAGAGCACAGCACACACUCCUUGCUUUGCUUUCACUGCGCUCAGCUAUUGAGCAGUCUGAUGGCUCCCAGUGCCAAUGACAGAUCCGGCCUGAGCUCCGAGCAUGCUCAGCAAGACGGCCCUGGGGGGCACACUCGCCCCCACCAUAAUGUCCACUCGCAAUGCGAGGUGGUGAGCGUAAAUUUCAAGGCCUGGUGU